AUGGUUCAUGAACCUGCAGUUCUGAUCGAGGGAGUCCUGUUCCGUGCGCGUUAUCUUGGUUCCACCCAAAUGAUGUGCGAAAGUCGUGGCAGCAAGGCAGCGAGGAUGGCACAAGCUCAAGAAGCCGUGGCGAGAGUGAAGGCUCCGGAAGGAGAGAUACAACCCAGCACGGAGAUUGAUUUGUUUAUUUCAACUGAGAAGAUCAUGGUUCUCAAUACUGAUCUACAGAGAAUCUCGGAUACUGAUGUUCGGCAGGACAUUUUGAUGGAUCACGCUUUGCGAACGAUUUCCUACAUCGCCGACAUUGGAGAUUUGGUUGUGCUGAUGGCAAGAAGAAUGUCAGCUAGCAGCAGUGACGAGCAAUGCAACCAAGUGGAAGGAAUCAAGAAGACGCCAAAAGUGAUCUGCCAUGUGUUUGAGUCUGAUGAGGCAUCGUUCAUUGCGCAGUCUAUUGGUCAGGCCUUU